AACUCCUCCCUCGGCCAGUCACCCCGAGCUCAUCUCUCCUCUCCUCACUCCUCUCUGCAGCCCCGGAGCCUCCUUACCGCAGUGAUGGCGAAGAGCUUUGUGGACGGUAAACUGAGAGCCGGAAAAGUCACCGUGUUCGAGAAAGUGUCCUGUCCGUUCUGUGUCCGGGCCAAGACCAUCAUCAACAAGUACAAAAUCAGAGGAGAGUGCCUGGAGUUCAUCAACAUCGCCGACAUGGACAACAUGGGCAGCAUCCAGGAUUACCUGAGUCAGCUGAGCGGGGAGAGGACGGUACCUCGAAUAUUUAUUGAGAAGGAAUGCAUUGGUGGUUGUUCUGAUCUUGUACCUCUGGACAGCAGUGGGGAGCUGGAGAAAAGGCUGAAAAGUAUUGGAGCCUUGGAGUAGUGAUCUACAUUUUACCACCAGAAUGAGAACUUCUCAGAGCUAGACCAUCCUGCGAGUUUUACAGUAUCAUGAAGAUGUUUGGAGCUUUGCAAAAUCUUUUAAUAAUAAACAUGUUGCCAUCUAUGA